AAUAAUAAAAAAGACUUGGUAGAAGUAGAAGUGUAGAAGGGAAACGUCUGGAAUUCUCUUCUCUCCAUUGUUACUCUUUAAUCUUAUAUAUGCUUUUCUUGGCAACCAAGGUUUUUCGUUUUCAUAACAUAUAAGAAUCCACAUCUUCACCAACUUUGGAGAGAAAGAGAAAUAGAGGGAGAGUGUAUAUUUUGUAUAUUCAACUACAAGUAAUCGAAAAAAGAGAGAAAAAAAAAAAAUUAAGCAAAAGAUGGAGAGAGGAAGAGGGAGAAUGUUGCCGUUGCUGGCGCUUCACGCGGCGAGCGAGUUUUACAGGCUUGAGAGGAAGCCACCUGUUACGGCUGCACUUCUCGCUGCCAAUACUCUGAUUUAUUUGAGACCCGGAUUUCUCCAUUCUAUUCUUCCUUCCAUUGAUCAAGUCUGGUUCAAUCCCUAUCUCAUCCUCAGGCACAGGGACUUGAAGCGAUUUUUCUUGUCAGCAUUCUACCAUUUGGGCGACUCUCAUCUGGUCUAUAACAUGAUAUCACUCUUAUGGAAGGGGAUUCAAUUGGAAACUUCAAUGGGAAGUGCUGAAUUUGCCUCUAUGGUUGCUGCUCUUCUUACUAUGUCCCAGGGAAUCACACUUAUACUAGCAAAAUCCCUUCUCUUGUUCUUUGACUAUAAGAAGGCAUACUACUCUGAGUAUGCUGUUGGAUUUUCUGGUGUUCUCUUUGCCAUGAAAGUUGUUCUUAAUUCUCAUUCAGAAAACUACACUUAUGUGCAUGGACUAGUAGUGCCAGAGAGAUAUGCUGCAUGGGCAGAGUUGAUUCUCAUCCAAAUGUUUGUACCUGGUGUCUCAUUCCUCGGUCACCUAGGUGGAAUACUUGCUGGGAUUCUCUAUCUGCGUUUGAAAGGUGGAUAUUCAGGUUCAGACCCAUUGACUGUACUCUUUAAAGGUCUAGCUGGUGCAUUGAGCUGGCCUGUGAAGCUUAUAAGGAAGUUCUUUGGGUCCCAGCAGCGGAGGAUUUCUGGUAGGGGAACUGUUGGUAGGAAUCGUGCUGACACAGGAAGGACUCCAUCUGAUGUGUGGAGAUGCCAAGAAUGCACAUUUGAUAAUUCUGGUUGGUUAAGUAUUUGUGAGAUGUGUGGAACAAAUCGAAGUAGCAAUGGAAAUGGAUUUUCUUCCCGUCAAUCAUUACAUCAUUCCCGUGACCCUUCUUUAGAAGAAGUACGGCGUCGGAGGAUUGACAGAUUUGGGAGAUGAUCAUGAUUCAAGAAAGCCUGUGCUUAUAAACCUCAGGAAGACAGUAGAUUCAUUUGAACUUAAGGAGGCAGAUAUCAAUGGGAAGACAUGACUUCUAUUUUGAUGCUGCUUUCUCUGGCCCUAUUGUAUUGUUUUCUAUAUAGGUUGAAGAUUGUUACUUUGUGACAGUAUCUUUUUAGUUGUAAAUCCGGGCACCUCUUUUCUUUUGGGUUACCUCUUAUCUAGUUA